AUGGUCGCGAGAGAAAAGGCUUUAACUAUUGGGCUGAACAGGCGAAAUGACUGGAUGGAUCGUUUAAUAUCGGCACGAGACAGCGCUGAACAGGGUCAGCAUCCAUCUCGUGGUCAUGUAAGCGUUGGAAAACAAAGUCUUGGAGACGGGGGGAAGGAACCCAUGGCUGAUGGGCUUAAUCCUGCUGAGCACUUCGUACUCAAACUGCGGAGGAAUACCACGCGGGGGGGCGAAUGCCAAGUUGCCAACCUUACUGGUGUUAAGCAUAUUCUCUCGGCCUUUGUCCGGCGCCAGACCAGCAGGGCACUAUUUCGGAUAUGGACGACUGAUGAUCGAUCCUCUGGCCCUUUUUGCCUAGACUGGGGACCGUGGAUCGCCUACGCGACCCUCGCUCGUAUCGGCUGGCUUGCUCGGCAACUUGACUCAGAUGAGGACACCUGUACUUCUUCGUCCAGCUCUCUGCUCUUCCUGUGGUCGGCUGCCAUGGCCGACUCCCGGACAAAAAGGGUGAAGGAUGCGAGAAUCAAUAAAAAUAGCCCGCCCAGUAAAUUUGCAGUGGCUCGGCGACAUCAGAUGGAUGGUUAG